UCGACGGCUUGUUCUCAGUUGACGUGGUAUAAAAACAAGCGGCUUUUUAUAGAAGUCACAGACAUUUUUUUGCAAAUUUGUAAAGUUAAUUUCAGAAAGUUAAUUUUUGUUGUAGCAUUGGUUUAAUAUAAAACAAAUACAAUAUGGGUCUAGCCGAAACAUUACAAAUUGAUGAAAUGAUACAGGAUUUCAAGCGUAUGAACAAGCGCCAGUCCUUGUACCAAUUUCUAAGCUUUGCAAUGAUUGUGUCCUCCGCCCUGAUGAUCUGGAAGGGUUUGAUGGUGGUGACCGGUAGUGAGAGUCCAAUUGUUGUAGUAUUGAGUGGUAGUAUGGAACCAGCUUUCCACAGAGGUGAUCUCUUAUUCCUUACCAAUUAUAAGGAAGAACCCGUUCGUGUAGGCGAAAUUGUUGUUUUUAAAGUAGAGGGAAGAGACAUUCCUAUUGUACAUCGUGUAAUCAAAUUGCAUGAGAAGGAAGACGGUUCGGUCAAAAUCUUGACAAAGGGUGAUAACAACAACGUCGACGAUAGAGGUUUAUACGCUCCAGGACAAUUAUGGUUAACGAAAAAGGAUAUUGUUGGAAGAGCUAGAGGGUUCUUGCCAUAUGUUGGAAUAAUUACGAUAUUUAUGAAUGAGUAUCCCAAAGUUAAGUGGGCAAUUUUAUCGAUCUUAGCCAUUUUUGUUUUAUUACAUCGUGAAUAAUGUCUGGUUUUAUUUGUUAAACAAACACAAAAAAUAGAAGACUUGAUCCAUUGAAAGCUAACAAAUGCCACAAAAACUCUAGACAACGUAAUAGAUUAAAACAUAAUAAAAAAAUAAUAAUUUGGAGCUUCUUUUCAACAUACAAAACAAGUAUUUAUUUAUGCCUUAAUGAAACAAUGAAAAAUAUGGUAAAAUUUACAGUCAUGCAGUCUCCAAUUUUGUUAAAUUCCUUCCUAUAUUAUUUAGUUGUAUGUAUAUUAUUAAUCGUUUCUGUGGAGAAACCUCAAACGUUUAUGUGUUGAAAAAAGAAAAAGUUGCAUUUCAUAAUUUCCAUCGUAAACAAGGAAUUUAAAAAAAGAUAAACUAAAAAGUUAAUUAAAACAUUAAAA